CGUCUGGACGAGCGCAGCUGGCCCUAUAAGAGGCCUGGGGUCGUCUCGUUUCACUUCACUCUUAGAGAAAGAUCCCCGGGACGAAGAACGACCAGCAACUGGGCCUUGAAGAACAGAGGGUCGAGUCUUAUACUGAUACAUAUACUUAUACUGAAGCGCAAACUGAACGACUUUUUUGAGAUUUUGUAUUCAAGGAAUUACUCGUAAAAGAGAAAGAAUGAAGUCCCAGAUGAUCUCCCUCGUGAACUCCUCCUGCUCUCACCUCCUCCGAUCCAGUAGCAGGCUCCCCGGAAGGGCGCUCUCUCGCCCCAUCACCACCAAGUCAAAAACAAGAGGUCCCGCCUCAGCCUUGGUACAGAGGUUAGUCAAAAUCCUCGAACUUGAGACGGAGGGCCACGUUUUCGAGUCGCACUUCCCGGAUGUCCCUCUGCCCCAGUCGCCGCUCACGCCCAUCGUCUUCGAGGAAGCCAGCAAAUGGGGACACAAGACAGCCACCGAGUGCGGCUACACCGGCAGGAGCUACACGUACUCGCAGCUCGUGGACGGGAUAAUGCGGUGGGGCGGGAUGCUGCAGAGGAUGGCCACCGACCGGGCCAACCCAGGGACCGUGGCCAUCCUCGCGCCCAACUGCCCCGAAUACCCCAUCGUGUUCUUUGGUUCCAUCGGCGUCGGGGCCACCGUCACGACCAUCAACGCCGCCUACACGCCAGAGGAGAUCGCGCGCCACCUGGACGACAGCGGCGCGAACCUGCUCGUGGUCGAGGGCGUGAUGGAGCCCCUCGCCGAGGCCGCCCUCAAGGUCCUCAAGCGGGAGGUCCCUGUGGUGGUGAACGGCCCCUCCGCCAACGCCCGGCCCAACCUGAGGGAGAUCAUCGCCGACAGCAACACGCCCUUCGCUGAUUUCGUUGACGUGCCCUUAGACCGCGUAGCAGCUCUCCCGUACUCCAGCGGCACGACAGGGAAGCCGAAGGGCGUGUCUCUCACCCACUCGGCCAUCGCCAAUAACAUCGCUAUGUACCACAACCCGCAUACGAUCAACGCUGAGAAAGCAGAAGGAGACCACCAGGAGGUUCUGAUGGGCCUCCUCCCCUUCUUCCACAUCUACGGCAUGUGCGUGAUCAUGUCCUCCGGCCUGUGCAGAGGAGCCAAGAUCGUCACGCUGCCCAAGUUCGAGCCCCAGGUCUACGCCAGCGUCCUCAAGAAGCACAAGAUCUCGGUCCUCCACACGGUGCCGCCCCUCCUGCAGUUCGUCGCCGCCUCUCCCGCCGUGGCGCCGGACGACCUGUCCCAUGUCCAUACCGUGAUGUGUGGCGCGGCGCCAGUUCCUCCUGCGGCAGCCAUGGCGCUCAAGGAGAAGGUGUCACGGCCGAUUUUCUUCCAGGAAGGCUUCGGCAUGACGGAAACCCUCUGUACGCACAUGACUCCUAAGGGCGAAGAAAAGCUGGGUUACUGUGGAAAACUCGUCCCUCACACAAGAGCCAAGAUCGUCGAUUUGGAAACUGGAGCUGCCUUGCCUCCGGGAGCUGAGGGCGAACUCUGCGUCCAUUCGCCUGCCCUGAUGGCCGGCUACCACAACAACCCGGAGGCCACGAGCGACUGCUUCGACGCGGAGGGCUGGUUCCACACCGGGGACGUGGCUGUUUGCGACAAAGAGGGCUACUUCUCUAUCGUUGACCGCAUCAAGGAGCUCAUUAAGGUCAAGGGGCUGCAGGUGUCUCCAUCGGAGCUGGAGGACAUCCUCCUGCGGCAUCCUGGAGUGGCCGACGUCGGGAUCACGGCUGUGGACGACGAGCGAGCCGGAGAAGUCCCUCGCGCCUAUGUCGUGCGCAGGAAUCAGGAUCUGAGCGAAAAGGACCUCCACACCUUCCUCGGGAGCCGCGUGGCUCCUCAUAAGCAGCUGGCAGGAGGGAUCAGGUUCGUGGAGGAGCUUCCCAAGAACCCGACCGGAAAGCUCCUUCGGCGCCAGCUGAAGAAAAUGGCGGACGGCGAGUGAUGACGUCAUAGCGGGAAGGAAGGAAGCGACUCCAAUACUAUAUUCUCACCAGAUCUGAUUACGUAUUACAAUUGCAUUUUCGAUAUAUGAAUACACACACACACACACACACACACACACACACACACACA